CCAGCCUCCUCCAUGAAGCCCAAUUCUAUGGGCUCACUCCACUGGUUCGCCGCCUGCAGGUAAGGGAAGAGCUGGAUCGAUCCUCCUGCGGAAAUGUCCUCUUCAAUGGCUAUCUACCUCCUCCAGUAUUCCCAGUGAAACGGAGAAACCGGCACAGCCUGGUGGGGCCCCAGCAAGUCGGGGGACGUCCAGCCCCUGUUCGACGGAGCAAUACCAUGCCCCCCAACUUGGGUAAUGCAGGGCUGCUGGGCCGAAUGUUGGAUGAGAGAACGCCUCCAUCCCCAACAGGCCAACCAGAGGAGCCAGGGAUGGUGCGACUGGUCUGUGGUCACCACAACUGGAUUGCUGUGGCCUAUACCCACUUUCUCGUCUGUUACAGGCUGAAGGAAGCUUCUGGCUGGCAGCUAGCAUUUUCCAGCCCACGCCUGGACUGGCCUGUCGAGCGCCUGGCUCUCACAGCUCGGGUGCUUGGUGGCGCUCUGGGUGAGCAUGACAAGAUGGUGGCUGCAGCCACGGGUGGCGAGAUUCUUCUGUGGGCUCUCCAGGCACAAGGCGGUGGCUCUGAGAUAGGUGUCUUCCACCUGGGAGUUUCAGUUCAGGCCUUGUUCUUUGUUGGGAAUCAGCUCAUUGCCACAAGCCACACAGGGCGCAUUGGAGUGUGGAACGCUGUGACCAAGCACUGGCAGGUCCAAGAGGUCCAGCCUAUCACCAGUUACGAUGCAGCCGGCUCCUUCCUCCUCCUGGGCUGUAGCAAUGGCUCCAUCUAUUACGUAGAUGUACAGAAAUUUCCCCUUCGGAUGAAGGACAACGACCUCCUUGUCAGUGAGCUCUACAGAGACCCAGCAGAAGAUGGGGUCACUGCACUCAGUGUCUACCUCACCCCCAAAACCAGUGACAGUGGGAACUGGAUUGAGAUUGCCUAUGGCACCAGCUCAGGGGUUGUGCGGGUCAUCGUGCAGCACCCCGAGACCGUGGGCUCGGGACCCCAGCUCUUCCAGACCUUCAGCGUGCACCGCAGCCCUGUCACCAAGAUCAUGCUGUCAGAGAAACACCUCAUCUCAGUCUGUGCCGACAACAACCAUGUCCGGACGUGGUCCGUGACCCGCUUCCGAGGCAUGAUCUCCACCCAGCCCGGUUCCACGCCGCUAGCAUCCUUCAAGAUCCUGGCGCUGGAGUCCGCCGACGGGCACGGAGGCUGCAGUGCUGGCAAGGUGUGUUCUGUCCGCUCAGUGGAUGGCUCGCCCACGACCGCCUUCACAGUGCUGGAGUGUGAGGGUUCAAGGCGGCUGGGCUCCAGGCCCCGACGCUACCUGCUCACGGGCCAGGCCAAUGGCAGCCUGGCCAUGUGGGACCUGACUACUGCCAUGGAUGGCCUGGGCCAAACCCCUGCCUUCUUAUGGACUGGCCCCGGGGGACUCAGGCCUUCCUGUUGGAGCCAGGGCCAGGGCCCCCUUGGAGUCACUGAGGUCCCUUAGCCUUCCUUUCCUAAAAGCCAAAGUCACCUCCCUAAUAAAAUCCUCACUGCCAACACUU